UCACUGAACCCCACUCCUCAGCUGUUGUAAAAACAUUUAUCGGGUGUGAGUAAUUCGACUUUUGCGUCAUUUCUGUCAAAAAUAAUUGUUGAUUAGAGGCCUGUCACUGUUCAAAUUCGACGAUCGAGAGUCAACAUGUCUUCGUCUGCAAUGGAGAAAAACCUGUUCAAUUUGAAAUUCGCCGUGAAGGAGUUGGAGAGGAACUCGAAAAAGUGCGAGAAGGAGGAAAAGGCGGAGAAACUCAAGUGCAAGAAGGCCAUCCAGAAGGGCAACCUGGAAGGUGCCAGGAUCCACGCUGAGAAUGCCAUCAGACAGAAGAACCAGGCCCUCAACUAUCUGCGCAUGAGCGCCAGGGUGGACGCCGUCGCCAGCAGGGUGCAGACGGCCUUGACCACUAGAAAAGUGACGCAGUCCAUGGCAGGUGUUGUGAAAGCAAUGGACUCGGCUAUGAAGUCGAUGAACCUGGAGAAGAUCUCCACCCUGAUGGACAAGUUCGAGCACCAGUUUGAGGAUCUGGACGUGCAGAGCUCAUACAUGGAGAACGCGAUGUCACAGACAACCACUACCACCGUGCCGCAAAAUGACGUUGAAGGCCUUAUGCAGCAAGUGGCCGACGAAGCUGGGUUGGAGUUGAAAAUGGAGCUGCCUCAGGAGCAGGUGGGAACAAUUGGCGCCUCUACACAGGUGUCCCAGGAACAGGACGAGCUGACCCAGAGACUCGCCCGUCUUCGUCAAGUGUGAUAACCUUGUUUUACAUGAACUGGCUUUACUUGUGUACAUAAAAAAAUUGCUUGCCUUUACUUUACACGCAGGCUUCUUUUCAAUUCGUUCCCGUAAAUAAAGAAAACUAUGUAAGGAUUAUCGUGAAUCAUAGGCUAGCUAAUGUAUUUAAAAAUAUUUUUUAAUUUUUCUUGUAUUUUUUAAGUAAGCAAAAAUUACAAAAUAAAAGUAUUGGUUCAACAUGA